AUGGGCACGAAGCAUGCCUGCGAAUUUAUUUUAGUGGUAUGGCCUCUGCACUUCGCAUUUUUGUUAGGAACUGAAACUUUAUACACCUUUGCAAUCGCAUCGGCACUAAGCUUCAUUGAUCCAGGACGUCAUGCAUAUGAAUGUGGGGGGCUUACGGCAAGCAUAAAUAGCAUCCCUUUACCGAACUCAAUAACUCGACUUGAGACCUCGCCGUUUCCGAGACACCCAAAAUUUUUGAUGUGCGACAACUUCAAACGGUGCGAUAAAAUUGUCCUCUAUGAUACUUGA